GUGUACAUGAUAUAAGAAACCGUUGUCUUUCCUGGACUGUCUUUCAGCUACGUGUCUGUUAUAGCUUUAUACCGCAUUUCACAAGCGCCUCAGCUCACAGUUGGUUGGUUUCGAGGAGAUUUUCAAAAUCGCUGGCUACCGACUAUGUACCGAUCAAAGCUGGCGACUGGACGGUGCUGUUGACAGGUCGGUUUUGUUGGAAUGUGCUGUCGAUUGUUUCUUGGCCAGCGUCGAGUGCCAGUUGCUACAGACUGUAUUCGAACGCAUUUCGCACACUAAGUACUCCUGGUCACAACUUGUGUCCUAUCGACUGACCAAUCGCAGGUCGAUCGAAUCGACUGUUGCAGAGUUGAGGAAGGAAGAUUUUGUCGUGCCGCUGGUAGAACGAAGCUUCAACGGUGACACGGAAAUUGCUGAGCGCUCGUCACUGCUGCCGACUUAUUCGUUGAAUGGUUUGGAUAAGCCGCUGCGCGACACAGCCUCCUCUCAUCAGCCGUCGACAGGGGCUGUAGGCUGCGGCAACGUGCUCAAUGUUAAAAUCAACCCCUGCCUUCCAUAUCGUGAUUCCACCAUCCCUGAUCAGAAUGUGUUCGAUGAAUCGGCACCAGAUUCAUUCGCCUCAGCACUGUCAUCGUCGGCAGAAUUAGUAGGCGAAUCUGCGUCUACCGGAGAAAGUGAUCUGCAAAGAUCGUCAUCGACCUUCACGUCGAUUCCUGUUCCUGAUCGUUAUAAUAGCUUAGCAACCGGUGUUACUCUUCCUGUGAAACCCUCUCCAGAUUUAGUCCAGCCGAUCAGCAGUCAACCUUCGUACUCGCUGCGUGAAUCGGUUCUUUAUUCGAAUGCAGCUAUGGGUACUGGCGCGAGAUUACGGUGCAGUGCUGACGAAAACCCGAAACCUCAGCAGAGUCUCGCACAGUCGCCAUCUUUGCCAUCGGCGUAUCGUUUUUACGAAGGCGCUGCUGCGCGUGAUCUUUCGAGGGUGGGAAUAGACAAUACGCCGGCUAGCAACGGUCAAGACUUCCUUUGGACGUGUCCGCACUGUUCACUGGCUAACAUCAGCAAAACAUUACUAUGUCCUCGCUGUCUCUCGUUUAUGGAUAACGUGUAA